AUGCUUGAGGAGAGAGAGAGUAAGGAGCCAGCCAUGAAUCCCUUCCAGAAAAAUGAGUCCAAGGAAACUCUUUUUUCACCUGUCUCUACCGAAGAGGUGUUGCCUAGACCUCCAAGUCCUCCAAAGAAGCCACCUCCGAAAAUCUUUGGCUCCAGCUAUCCACUCAGCAUCGCCUUCAUCGUGGUGAAUGAAUUCUGUGAGCGUUUUUCCUAUUAUGGCAUGAAAGCUGUGCUGACUUUGUAUUUCCUGUAUUUCCUGCACUGGAAUGAAGAUACCUCCACAUCUGUAUACCAUGCCUUCAGCAGCCUCUGCUAUUUCACACCCAUCUUGGGAGCAGCCAUUGCUGACUCAUGGCUGGGGAAAUUCAAGACAAUCAUCUAUCUCUCAUUGGUAUACGUUCUUGGCCAUGUAUUCAAGUCUUUGGGGGCCAUUCCAAUACUGGGAGGAAAAACGCUACAUACAAUCUUAUCAUUGAUUGGCCUGAGUCUAAUAGCUCUGGGAACAGGAGGUAUCAAACCCUGUGUGGCAGCUUUUGGUGGAGACCAGUUUGAAGAAAAACAUGCAGAGGCACGGACUAGAUACUUCUCAGUCUUCUACCUCUCCAUCAAUGCAGGAAGCUUGAUUUCUACGUUCAUCACACCCAUGCUGAGAGGAGAUGUGAAGUGUUUUGGGGAAGACUGUUAUGCACUUGCUUUCGGAGUUCCAGGAUUGCUCAUGGUAGUGGCACUUGUUGUGUUUGCAAUGGGAAGCAAGAUGUACAGAAAACCACCCCCUGAAGGAAACAUAGUGGCUCAAGUGAUCAAAUGCAUAUGGUUUGCUAUCAGCAAUCGCUUCAGGAACCGUUCUGGGGACAUUCCAAAACGGCAGCACUGGCUAGACUGGGCAUCAGAAAAAUAUCCCAAGCAUCUCAUUGUGGAUGUGAAGGCACUCACCAGAGUACUGUUCCUUUAUAUCCCACUGCCCAUGUUCUGGGCUCUUUUGGACCAACAGGGCUCACGAUGGACACUGCAAGCUAACAAAAUGGAUGGUGAUUUGGGAUUUUUUGUGCUUCAGCCGGACCAGAUGCAGGUACUAAAUCCCUUUCUGGUUCUUGUCUUCAUCCCGUUGUUUGACCUUGUCAUUUAUCGGCUGAUCUCCAAGUGCAGACUUAACUUCUCCUCACUCAGGAAAAUGGCUGUCGGUAUGAUCCUAGCAAGCCUGGCAUUUGCAGUUGCAGCACUUGUGGAGAUAAAAGUAAAUGGAAUGACCCAUGCCCAGCCAGAUUCCCAAGAGAUUUUCUUACAAGCCUUGAACCUGGCAGACGGUGAAAUAAAGGUGACGGUGCUAGGAAGUAGAAAUAACUCCCUCCUGGUGGAGUCCGUCCACUCUUUUCAGAACACAACGCACUAUUCCAAACUACACCUGGACACAAAAAUCCAAGAUUUACAUUUUCAUCUGAAGUAUAACAACUUGUCUGUCCACAACAAGCAUUCUGUAGAAGAGAAGACCCGUUACCAUUUGGUUAUUCAUGAGGAUGGGGAAAGUGUCUCCAGUGUGCUGGUAAAGGAUAUGGAAAUCAAACCAGCCAAUGGGAUGACAGCCAUCAGGUUUAUUAACACCCUGCAUAAAGACAUCAAUAUCUUCUUGGAUGAAGAUGCUCCUCUCAGUGUGGGCAAAGACUAUGGAGUGUCCGCAUACAGAACCGUGAUGAGAAGAGAGUACCCUGCAGUGCACUGUGAGACAGAAGACACAGACUUUUUUCUUGAUUUAGGUCUACUAGACAUUGGUACAACGUAUCUGUUUGUGAUCACCAAUAUUACCAAUCAGGGUCUUCAGACUUGGAAGACAGAAGAAAUUCCAGCCAAUAAACUAUCCAUUGCAUGGCAGCUACCACAAUAUAUCCUGGUUACAGCAGCAGAGGUCAUGUUCUCCAUCACGGGACUUGAAUUUUCUUAUUCUCAGGCACCAUCUAGCAUGAAAUCUGUGCUCCAGGCAGCCUGGUUGCUGACAGUUGCAGUUGGGAAUAUCAUCGUGCUUGUUGUGGCACAGUUCAGUGGCCUGGUACAGUGGGCCGAAUUCGUUUUGUUCUCCUGCCUCCUGCUGGUGGUCUGCCUGAUCUUCUCCAUCAUGGGCUACUACUAUGUUCCUUUAAUGCCAGAGGGGAUCCACAAGGCAACGGAUAAGCAGCUUCCUCUUCCCCAGGGGAAUGUGAUCAACCUCGAAACCAAGAAUACAAGGCUCUGAUGACUCACUGGAUCACAACUGCUUCCUGGCUCUGUGUCAGCAUCACUUAUCCUCACGCCUAUUCCCCCUGCCACCACCAGGCUAGGACAGGACGUAGCAUUU